GGUUUUUGCUGAAACAAUACUUCAAUAAAUAUAAAAAAUAGCUGACAAUUAAUUUUCUGCCAAAUUAACUAACCAGUUGGACCAAUCUCUUUAUAUUGUUUUAACUUCAAAUCACAGCACUACACCUGUCUGACACUGUGUCCGGAUUUCCUCGUAAUGGACUAAGGAAACCCGGGUCAGUUGGGACAUUUGUUUCCCUGAGUUUUGCCUCUUAGGCAGUUCAGGCUUUCUUAAAUGUCGCGUGGGCUCCGUUCCUAUAGUGUUGCCAGGUACACGUGGUCGUACAGCAGUCCUGCCUCUCAAUAUCUUACCAUUUGCGCUACAGUCGCCAUACCAACCGCAAGCAGUGAAAGACAAGGAUCACCUGGCAGCAGUUGGGCUCAGGCAAACAUAACCAACAUGCUGGCACCGCAGGCGAAUCGCAUCAUGGCGCUUGGUGAAUGGGAGGAAGACUGGCAGGAGGGCAGAAUCGGCUUCCAUCAGCCACAAGUACACAAGAUUCUGGAGAACAACAUCGAUAAGGUCCUUGCUGGACGGUCAAGCGUUCGCUUCUUCUUCCCUCUCUGUGGGAAAGCUGUUGAUAUGAAGUGGCUAGCAGACAUGGGCCAUUCAGUGGUCGGAGUGGAGAUAUCUGAAAAGGCUAUAAAACAGUUCUUUGAGGAGAACAACAUGACCUACAGUGAGGAACCUGUUCCUGCCAUACCAGGAGCAAAGCUUUACAAGGCAGGUGAACUAUACAUGAGCGUGUUUGCUUCUCAUAACAAAAUGUUAAUGCAGUUUCUGUUUGUUCCACAGAGCACAGAGAGAAAUGUCUCCCUGUAUCAGUGUGACCUGUUUAAUUUCUCCGGUUCCAUUGAUGGUCAGUUUGGGGCAAUCUGGGACAGGGGCUCUCUAGUGGCCAUCAACCCAAGAGACAGAGAAAAGUAUGCUGCUCUCAUAACGUCUCUUAUGGCCAAAGACUGCAGGUACCUUGUGGAAGCUUUGCUGUACAAUCCUGAAUUGUAUCCAGGUCCCCCCUUCUUUGUGCCAGAUAAACAAGUACAAAGCCUGUUUGGGAACAGCUGUGACAUAGAACUGCUGCACUCGUUGGACAUCCUGACAGAUGAAGAGCAAGGAUGGGGGCUCGACUACCUGACUGAAAAUGUAUAUCUCAUCACACUAAAGAGCAUUUAAAAAUUAACUAGUAAGUUCAGAGAACU